AGCCCAAUAAACGUAGAAGUGGAGGCCCGUCAAAGGUGUGAGUUUGAUCUAGGUCUACAGCAUAAGAAAGAGCCUGAGGUUAUUUCGCUGCCACUGCCUUCUCUUGUUUGUUGUUGUUGUUCGAAGCCAAAACCCUAGCAGCCGGCGAGAAUGGCAGACGUUGAGGUUGAUGUGGCGGCGGCGGCGGCGGCGGCGGCAGGGCAGCCAAAGAAGAGAACGUUCAAGAAGUUCAGCUUCAGGGGGGUGGAUCUGGACGCGCUUCUGGACAUGUCCACUGACGAACUCGUGAAGAUGUUCAGUGCACGCGCACGCAGAAGGUUCCAGAGAGGUCUCACCAGAAAGCCCAUGGCCUUGAUUAAAAAGCUCCGCAAAGCGAAAAGGGAAGCACCAGCAGGUGAGAAGCCAGAACCAGUUCGCACCCAUCUCCGCAACAUGAUUAUUGUGCCUGAGAUGAUUGGUAGCAUCAUUGGAGUCUACAAUGGCAAGACCUUCAACCAGGUUGAAAUCAAACCCGAGAUGAUUGGACAUUAUCUCGCUGAGUUCUCUAUUUCAUACAAACCCGUCAAGCACGGUAGGCCUGGUAUUGGUGCCACUCACUCUUCAAGGUUCAUUCCUCUCAAGUGAAAAAAACCUCUGCAAAAUCCCCAUCUUUUUCAGAUUUUGUUUUUAUUUUCAGCUGCCUAUUGUAUGGUUUAUCAUGACUUGAUUCCAUAGUAUCAACAUUUUAUUUAGUCUUUUGAUUUUGUUAAGUUCGAUAACUUGUUCAUUUUAAACAUGGAAGAUUAUGCAUCAAUAUUUUUCGAAAUAGUCUUUUCUACUUGGUUUUGUGAAUGCGUUAAUGGAUGAAUGUAACUUAGUUGGAUGACUGG